AUGACAGACAAUGAAUCGCCAUUGCUGGCGCUUGUCUCACAGCGUGCCCGGGGCCGGGUGCCCCACGACUUCUGGCAUGACGUUCCGAAGGUAGCCAAUCCCCACCCAAAGCCGAUCCAGUUGAUCGGGGGGCUUCCGAAUUACCAAUUCUUCCCUAUCAAGGGUGCAGAUGUCCAGCUGCGGGACGCCCCCUUUUACAACACGACGGCAGACACGUUCCGGUCCGUCGACGUGUCCUCCGACAGCGCUCGGAUCGACAUCAAGGCGGCGUUGCAGUACUCGGAGGUCGGCGGCCUGGAGCCGUUGCUGGAGCAGAUCCGGGGGUUUGUGAAGCGGGUUGUGCGGCCGAAGCUGCAGUCCUGGGAAGUCCAGUGCACGCUUGGCGGUGCCGACGGCAUUGCCAAGACGUUUGACGUGCUCGUUGACCCGGGCGACACAGUGCUUUUCGAGGAGUUCACCUUUGUGCCUGUGCUCGGGAGUCUCGUCGAGAGAGGAGGCAUUGCGGUGCCCGUCCGGCUCAGCGCCGUGACGGAGUUUGACUACGGCAACGAGUUGGAGACGCUCUUGGAGAACUGGACGACGCUAAAGCCGGGGCUGCCAAAGCCGAAGGCCUUGUACACGAUUCCCAACGGGCACAACCCGCUAGGGCUGGCGCAGACGAUCGAGCACAAGAAGCGGGUCAUCGCCCUGGCAGAGAAACACAACUUCGCCAUUAUCGAGGACGAGCCAUACUCGUACUUGAACUUCGACAAGUACGGCGACCCUGCGACGAGCUACAGCCUCUCGAACGACGAGUUCAUUGCCUCGUUGAACCCUUCGUACACGACGUUGGACACGUCCGGCAGGGUCGUGCGUGUCGAGACGUUCUCCAAGAUAUUUGCCCCCGGCAUGCGCUUGGGCUUCGUCGUCGCCGACAAAGCCCUCAUGCCCUUCUACAGCGGCAGCGCCGCCGUGCUCACCCGGUCGCCUAACGGGUACUCGCAGAUGUUCCUCAACAACACGAUCCUCCAGCUCGGCGGCGUUGAGGGCUGGAUCCAUUGGAUAACCAAGGUCCGGAACGAGUACCUCCAGCGCAAGAACGUCUACGUCGGUGCCCUUCUCUCGUCCCCGGCGUACACAAAAGGGUACCUCUCUCCGAUUGACCCGAGCUGCGGCAUGUUUGUUUCCGUCGUCAUCAAUGUCGACAAGCACCCACGUUUCUCCGGCGCCAACGUCCACGAGCUCAUGGAGCUCUUCUACGUGAAGGCCGUCGAGGCUGGCGUGCUUGUCGUGCUUGGCCGCAACAUGAGUGUCGACAAGCAGCUCUCGGAGCCCCGCUCGAACUUUGUCCGGACAGCCAUCUCCUUCGUUGAUACUCACGACGUCCUCCGGGAAGCCGUGAACCGUCUCAGCGAGGCCGCUGUGCGUCUCUUCGAGGACGAGUGA